AUGUCUGAGCCUGAGUUUGAGCAAGCCAGGAAGGAGCUCGUCUCCACCCUCGAGGCCUCCUCCCUCUUCUCCAAGAACCCCGAAUACAAGAAGGCUCUUGAGGUCGUCUCCGUCCCCGAGCGCAUCAUCCAGUUCCGCGUUGUCUGGGAGAACGACAAGGGCGAGUGCCAGGUCCAGAAGGGAUACCGCGUGCAAUUCAACUCCGCUCUCGGUCCCUACAAGGGCGGUCUCCGCUUCCACCCUACCGUCAACCUAUCCAUCCUCAAGUUCUUGGGUUUUGAGCAGAUCUUCAAGAAUGCUCUCACCGGCCUCAACAUGGGCGGUGGCAAGGGAGGAUGCGACUUCGACCCCAAGGGCAAGUCCGACAACGAGAUCCGCAAGUUCUGCGUUGCUUUCAUGAGGGAGCUCAACAAGCACAUCGGUGCCGACACAGACGUACCUGCGGGCGACAUCGGCGUUGGUGGUCGCGAGAUCGGUUACCUCUUUGGCGCAUACCGAGCGGAGCGCAACCGCUGGGAGGGUGUCCUCACUGGCAAGGGCGGCUCAUGGGGAGGUUCCCUGAUCCGUCCCGAGGCCACCGGUUACGGUCUCGUAUACUACGUUGAGCACAUGAUCAACUACGCGUCUGGAGGAAAGGAGUCCUUCAAGGGCAAGCGCGUCGCCCUCUCUGGUUCCGGAAACGUCGCUCAGUACGCUGCUCUCAAGCUCAUCGAGCUUGGCGCAACCGUCAUCUCCCUCAGUGACAGCAAGGGUGCUUUGAUCGCCGAAGACGACAAGGGCUUCACUCCCGAAGUCAUCAACCAGAUCGCCGCCCUCAAGCUGGAGCGCAAGGCUCUUACUGCCCUGGAGAACCACAACUUCAAGUACAUUGAGGGUGCCCGCCCAUGGAAGGAGGUCAAGAAGGUUGACGUUGCUCUUCCUUCGGCGACCCAGAACGAAGUCUCCGAGGACGAGGCCAAGGCUCUUAUUGAGUCUGGCGCCAAGUUCAUCGCUGAGGGUUCCAACAUGGGUUGCACACAGGAGGCCAUUGAUGUCUUUGAGGCUCACCGUCGCGAGAAGAAGGGUGAGGCCAUCUGGUACGCACCCGGAAAGGCCGCCAACGCUGGUGGUGUCGCCGUCUCUGGUCUCGAGAUGGCCCAGAACUCUCAGCGUCUGUCAUGGACUGCCGAGGAGGUUGACGAGAAGCUCAAGGGCAUCAUGAAGGACUGCUUCGAGAACUGCCUGGGUACCGCCAAGGAGUACUUCACUCCUGCCGAGGGCGAGUUCCCAUCCCUCGUUGGUGGUGCUAAUGUCGCCGGUUUCCGCAAGGUCGCUGCUGCCAUGCACGACCAGGGUGACUGGUGGUGA